AGUCGGUAAAACGACUGCUUGAGCAUGCGUCCGUACACCGAUGUUACCAUGUUGUGUUGUCUUUAAAGUAGAAUUUCAUUUGUACGCAGGUUUUAAUAAACGAGAAUAAAGCAUGCAUUUACUGGGAAGUCGAGUGUUUGUGAAAUGUUCAAGGUGCCAUGUGGCUUUGUCUUUGAAAGAAGCGAUCCGGUGUCAGAGUUCCGCAGCACCUCUGGAACAGGCCGACUACCUGAAUGGCGCUCCUCACAGAAAACACCCGGGUGUUACAAACCUGAAAACAGUGCAACUGCCAGAGCAACUGCAGCUAGCAGCACAGUCCAUCUUACAGAGGGCCGAUGUAAAAAGUCUGACGGAAAGGGCACAAAAACUCUCUAACUUCCUUUGGAGCAGGAAGCGGGUGAUAGAAUCUUCACAGCUCAGGGAGAAAGCCAUCAUUCUGGAGAGGAAAUUUUUGGAGGAAGAGAGAAAUGUCAGUGAAAAUGACAUUGACCACAAUUUAGAAGCUCGGAUAAGAAAGAAAGUAUUAUCUGAAUUGAGAAGAACGACAUACCACAGAGCUGCCCUAAGGUACAAUGAAGAUCUUGGGUUGGUGUAUAUGGUUGCUAGACUAGCAGGUGGUUAUGCUGCUGUUCUCAGAGCUCUAAAUGAGAUUAAGAAGAGAGAUCCCUUAUUUGUGCCAUAUUCUCUCUUGGACUUUGGAUCAGGACUUGGAACAGGUACUUGGGCAGCACACAGGCUCUGGGGAGAUUCUCUGAAGGAGUAUGUUUGUGUGGACAGCUCUGGAGAUAUGAACACAUUGGCAGAACAGCUUCUUUUGGAGGGCAGUGAGAGGAAUAAUCCAACUAUCAAACAAGUAUAUUUCCGCCAGUUCCUCCCUGUUUCUCCUAAGGUCCAGUUUGAUCUUGUAGUAGCCGCUUUCUCUUUGUCAGAACUGGCCACCCUGGACGAGCGACUGAAUGUUAUUUCAACACUUUGGAGAAAAACCAACUCCUACCUUGUGUUGGUGGAGAAUGGAACCAAGGAAGGUCAUCAAAUCCUUAUGGAGGCCAGAGAUGCUAUACUAAAGAGAGAAGAUGAGAUACUGCAUGACCCGAGGAGACCAUCUAUAUUUGCUCCUUGCACGCACGAGCUGAAGUGUCCUAAGUUAAUCAGGCAACCUGUGGUACCUUGUAACUUCUUCCAGUUCUACUACUCUCUGCCUCUAUCACGGAGCCAGGAAAGGCAGCAGGAGAGGUUUAGUUACCUGAUUGUAUCCCGUUCAGAUGGAGAGAAGGCUCAGAAGGCUGAACAUUGGGACAUGGCUAGAGUGAUCGCACAAGUCCAUCGCCGACCCAGACACGUUCAGUGCCAGCUGUGCUGCGUAAAUGGAGAACUCAAACAACUGGCUGUGACGGCCCGUCGUCAUGGAAAGGACAUGUACAGAUGUGCUCGUAACAGCGACUGGGGAGAUCUGCUGCCAGUCUUUCAUAAAGAAGAUGAGCACACUAUUAAUGAUGAGACGGAAUGAGACCUGCGAGAAAUCUGUUCAUGCAGCGUGUGUGCAGUGAGGUUGUUUUGUAUAAAUGUAUUGCUUGUUUGCAAAUAAAAUAGUUCUUGUAUGCAACAUGAUA